UUUUUCUUGCUUUUUGCAUGUUGAAAGAAACUUUUUUAUUAUUAUUUUUGGCAUUUGUUGCAAGUCUUAGUUUACCAUUCUGAGCCUUUGCCUUCCUGACUUUGUAUUUUCAGAUUUGGGCUAUUUGCUGGUAUUCUGUUUUAGUUAUUUGUCUCUCUUUCAAUGUUUUAUACUUGUCCUUUUUCCUCUCAAUUUGUCAGAGAGUUCUUUAAGCAACCAUGUUGGGUUUGUCUGGGUCUCUUAUUUUCCUUCUCUGGUAAUGGGCUACAUUAGGUUUUUAUAAUCCCUUUUAAAGUUUAACAAUCUUUUUUGUAGAAGUUGUAAAGCAGAUGUGCACUCAUUGUUACAUGAACAAUGUGGUCAUUAAGCAAACCUAUUUUUCCAGUUUUUGCUAGAAACUGAAAAUAAACAUCUGUUUCCAGGUAAAUCAUCAUAAAUGGCAGUCACAUGACUGUGGUAUGCUGCAAAUGGACAUAUGGGCCAGUUGCCAAUCACCCAAAAUGAAGUCAUGUGACUGUGGGGAGGGGGCAUUGGAAUUUAGAACUGGGUCUUACAUAAUGCGGAGAUCCAGGAUAACUUCAAACAGUUGCUAAGUGACCAGUCGUAAGUCAAUAACUGCCUAUAGAAAUGUGUACAGAAGAGGAAAAAUGGCAACUUUCUAGAAAACCUGUGAUGGUUACAAGUAAUUUCUGGCUGAUAUUUGAGAUAAGUAAAAUGAGACCUACUUCCCUCUGCAAUCCAGCCUUCCUGUGAAUGUGUGCCUAUUUAAUUCCUCCAUGUCAUAUAUAUUCUUCUUUCUCCCCAUCUCCAUCUUUGCUCACAGGUAUAUACGUUUGUUCCAAAUGUGGCUAUGAAUUAUUCUCCAGCCAGUCCAAAUUCCUUCAUUCAUCCCCUUGGCCAGCCUUUACCCAUCCCAUUCACAGUGACAGCAUCUCCAAGUACUUGGAGCGCCCAGGAGCUUUCAAGGUCUCAUGUGGCAAGUGUGGGAAUGGCCUGGGCCAUGAAUUCCUUGACGAUGGCCCCCAAAAGGGCCAGUCUCGCUUUUGAAUAUUUAGCAGUUCUCUCACGUUUGUUCAUAAAGCUCAAUCUGGGAAGAACAUGGAAAAAUAAACAGUCUGACAACAUUUUGGCUAACUCCACUUGUGAGCCUUUGGUGUUGGAUGGGAAGCUUCCAUUGCAACGUGAUCUUGAACUGGAUGAAACCAACUUGCUGGACCUCUUCUUCCUCCAUUCAGAUCCAAGUAAACCAGCACCUGGUUCGGUCAUGAGAUGCUUGGCAGUGUGUGGUCCAAGUGCUGGAAAGCCGCACCCCAGAAUUCCCCCAGGAGUUCCCUAUGCCAGAACAUUUUGCCCCGAUUCAGAUGUGAACUGGACUUGCUCAGGUUAUUCUGCUUAAGCUAGUUGGCCAGGGACCCCUAUCUUAAUGGAAUCUGGCAGUAGCAUUUUUCAGCAGCUUUUUCAGUGGCAUUUCUGGAUUCCCACUGUUUGUUCCCACUGCUUAUGUCAUGCCAGAGAGAGGAGAAUUACUAUCAAAUGCAACCCAAUAUUUGACCCUCUUUCUUCACUGGGGCCUGAGUGAACGGCCUCCUAGCUUUCGUGACCAUAUGGAAUCAAAGAGAUGGGGUGUGCCCUUAUAGAUUAUUACAAAAAAUGUGGCAGGAAGCAAUGGUGCCUCUGGAAGAAUUUUUGGGAAAUGUUUAAAAUGUGUGUUGGGGUUUCUGGUGGAGCUUAAGACCCCGUGUUGCAUUAGAUCCCACUAGUCAUCUCCUUCUAAGCACAUUCUUCUAUCAGGAUUCUGCUCCAGCAGUUCUUGGAGGCUAAGCAAGGCAAUAAUUUUAAUGGUCUGUUCCUUUCCAGAAGAAACUGCCGUUGCUGUUGCAAGAUUCAUAGAUGGGCUGUAUUUAGGUUCUCCAGAAGGCCCCUUCUUCCCUUCAGCAGACAGUCUGCAUUCCUGAGUCCCUUGUCCAUAACACUGUGGAACACUCCAACAUCAUUCCUUGGGCCCCUCCACAUGUCCUCAUAAAUGUACUUGUCUUUUCCUACAGACUGAACUCCUCUCUCAAUGUGAGCAAAACCUUAUGGCAUUUGAAACUAUCCUGUCAAGCCGAGGUGGCGCAGUGGUUAAAUGCAGCACUGCAGGCUACUUCAGCUGACUGCAGUUCUGCAGUUUGGCUGUU